UUUGUAAAUGUCAUUAGUUGAGAUUGCGUUGCGCGGCUGCCAUUUUGGUGAUAUUGGUUCAAUAUUAGUUCGAUACUUAUUGCUUGAAUUAUAGCAGCGAGUCAACGAAUUUCAUAGACUGUGUAACUAGCUAACUGUGGAGCUAGACAGGUUUUAGUUUCAACCAAGCUACAGCAAAAAUAUCGGUGUGACCCAGUUGAUAGUAUAUAUUCUGUACGCUACUAUGAAAAAAGCGACAAUUAUUGACCUGAAGUAAGACUCAAAGACAAAAUAUGUCUGAUAAUAAAGAAUAUGAAACUGUAACUAAUGUCCUUAUAACACUGGAAGAAAUAAAAGUGGAGAGGGAUGAAGUAGAACCAGAGAAUGAAUCUGUAGAUUAUAUAAAAGUAGAGCAGGAUGAGUGGGGUGUCAACGAGAAGGCUGCUGAUGCUGGACUGUAUGGUGGACACGAGGUCAAGCAGGAGGUGGUCGUCAAGGAAGAGCCUGUGCAGCAUAAAAUUGAAUUUGUUGGGGUCCCUCCAUAUGAAGCGGUAGGCGAGCAUCAGGCGGGGCCAAGCUUCGACGUGGCGCCAGAUUUUAAAGGAAACAAAACACAUAUAAUAAAAAAUAUCAAGAUCAAGGUUGAAAAAGGAACUUUCACUUGUGACACGUGUAAUAAAGUGUUUACAACCAAAGCUCAUUUGACCAAACAUUUUAGAAAUUACCACGGCCCUUUUUGUUGUGAUAUUUGUAGCAAAGAAUUCAAGUAUCGCUCUCACCUGUAUAGUCAUCGACGAGUACACACAGGUGAGAAUACGUACUCCUGCAAAGUAUGCGACAAAAAGUUUACAUUGUUAUCGCAAACGAUUAGACAUGAGCGCAUCCACGAGGACAUAAAACCGCACACUUGUGAAAUCUGUAAAAAGCAAUUCAGACAAUCAGCACAGCUGUAUAUCCAUGCGCUAAUUCACAAAGGUGAGACAGCAAAACGGUUUUCCUGCAAAGACUGCCCGAUGAAAUUCACGCACAAAUACAAAUUGGUCCGCCACGAGCGCGUCCACACAGGUGAGAAACCAUACGAAUGCACUGUAUGUUACAAGCGGUUUACGCAAAAUGUUCUGCUCGGUCACCAUAUGCGAGUUCACACGGGUGAUAAUCCGUUCACCUGUGAAAUAUGCGAUAAGAAUUUUCUGUCAAAACACGAUUUAUUGAGACACAAAAACACUCACACGGGAAGCAAGCCUUAUCAAUGUGAUAUAUGUGAAAAAGGUUUUACUCAAAGAGUUCAUUUGAAUGUGCACAAACUAAAUCACACUGGGGAGAAGCGUUACCAGUGCGACGUCUGCCAAAAGUGUUUUCCGUCUUCAAAUGGUCUUAAUAGACACCUUCGCACACACAGCGACUCUGACGAGAAGCCGUACCGCUGCGAAGUAUGCGAUAAACAAUUUAAGGAGAAAGCACAUCUGACUGCCCAUUCGCUUAUCCACAAAGGAGAUGAAGCCAAACGAUUUUAUUGCGAACAAUGUCCAGCGAAAUUUAAUUACAAAUACAAAUUGGUUGCUCACGAACGUGUUCAUUUAAGUGUUAAAGAGUUUUCUUGUAAAAUGUGUAAAGAGAUGUUUACAGAAAAAUACCAGCUUGACAACCACAUAAUGGUAAAGCACCCAGAGAAAAUUUCAACACCAAAGGUUUUUCCAUGCGAAAUAUGCGACAAGUAUUUUGCGUCAAACAUAGACUUGGAAAGACACAAACGUAGCCACACAGGCAUUAGACCGUUUUCAUGCGAAUUUUGUGAAAAGAGUUUUCUCCAAAUAGCUCAUUUAUCGUCACAUAAACUCACGCACAGCGGGGAGAAGCCCUACACGUGCGACAUAUGCAACAAGCAAUUUGCAGUUAAAGGUUACUUGAGUAAGCACAAACGAAUUCAUACUGGUGAAGUGUCGUAUUCAUGUAAUUUGUGCGAUAAAGUGUUUAGACAUAAAGGUAGACUGGAACAGCACUUAAAAAAGCAUGCUCAGGAAGCUGAACCAUCUUAAACCGAUACAUAUAGGAGACACUAUAUACUUGUACCUAUAUAAAUUCAUAUUAUAGGAUGGGACAAUAUUAUACAAACGUAUUACUUAUUUAUUUUAACUUUAUUGUAUAUAAAAAAUACAACAGGAGAACUUAAUGUCUCUAAGUAUUUUCUACCAGUCGCCUAUGGUCAAACAGAAAUACGUCAAGGUGGGUGUAGUGAGAAAAAAGUAGGUAUCUAAGUUAUAAGGGAAAUUUACUUACUACAUAAAUAUUAUAACAAAUGUACCAAACCCCACGGUAAGCUUAAUAUGCGGUGUCGUGUUGUGGGCACAACUAUGUAUAAAAUAGCUCAUCACAUACAUAAAUGCUCUUACCGGAAAUCGUAGCCAGGAUCAUCGGUCUCAUAGGCAGCUAGACCAAAAGUUCGUCUUCUUCGUCGUUCCCUCAUGCCUAAGGAUCGCGACCAACAACUAUCUCCCUCCAUUUAAUGCGAUCAAGGGCUAUGUGGGCUGCCCUCUGCAUGGAACCACAUGCUUGUCUAAUGGCAUCCGAUCAUCUCGCAGGGGCUCUUCCUCUAGCGCGCUUGCUUUCAACUUGACCCCAUAUGAUGUCAAGUUCGAGGCUGUGGUGGUUGCAUUAUGUGCCCAAAGAAUCUGAGAGCCCUCUCAGAGAGGGAGUUCGUCAGAAUACCAAAAAACAUAUGUAUACUUUUCGUUACUGCCUGCAACAUACCUAAAUAUGCGACGCACGUAGUUAUAUAAAUAACAUGUAAGCAAUAGCCUAAAAAUAAGUUAUGUUUAGAGUCACCCGCUCCCUAUAUACUUGUAAAUCAAGAAUAUAAUACACACACAUCUUCGGCAA